AUGCCACUUUUUGGCUGGAUGAAGUGGCCAAAAAAUGACUCCUGCAAACCUACACAUUGUCCUGGCUCAGACGUGGUGACCAAGACGCUGCUUCGUGAAUUAAAAUGGCAUCUUAAAGAGCGAGAGAGAUUAAUACAAGAGAUUGAAAAUGAACAGAAAGUGAGAAAAACAGGUGUGGAUUACACCUGGCUGAGAAACUACCAGAGUCCCCAGACGACUAUCCCAGCUGCUGAACAAAGACAACUUGAAGCUCUCUGCUCCCAAGUCCAACCUUGCCAAACCGGGCCGAUUCUCAGCAGAUUUCGAGAAGUUUUGGCAGAAAAUGAUGUCUUGCCAUGGGAAAUCGUCUACAUCUUCAAGCAAGUUCUGAAAGACUUCCUCCGUAGUACCGACAAGGGAAGUCAGCGAGAGGAGCUGGAGGCAGCACGGGAUGCUAACACCUCUGCUCGUUCUGGAGGCGCAGGCCCAAGUCCCACGAGUUCAGACAGAGAUGAAAUACCCACUAUUUCCAGUUACGUAGACAGAAAUACAAAGAACACGUUCCCCACAUUCUCACACAGAAUAUGGAACCUACCAUAUUACUACCCUUCAAGUUAA